GAAGGAAGAAUUCCCCAGGAAGAACAAGAUGAAUUAGACAACCAAAGGGAAGAAGAAAAGGGAAAAGAGGAAGAAUUUAGCAGUAUAUUGUUUGAUGAAAAAAACAAAGACUCCCUUAUCGAAAGCAUCAAUGAAAUCAGGUUAAUAAGUGAAACAAGGCUACCGAUCUCAUCUGAUAAUAUAUCUGAAUACAAACUGUCAAAUGGUAGCGACUUAUUAACCAUGUUUAAAAGAUAUCAAAAGAAUAUCUCAAAGUGUCGUCGAGCUACUACACCAGCAUAUUGGGGUAUAUUGGAUCUAACUUGA